AUGACUACAACAGUAAAUCCAUGUACAUUAAGUACUUAUCGAUGGAAUACAAUAGGUAUUACUGUAUGGGAUUCAUCACACAUAGGAUAUAUAACUGACAUGUAUUUCGAUUCAAAUGACACUUCGUAUAUAGUGGAUGUAGGUAAGGGUGUUGUAUGGAAAUUAUUGAAAAAUGCGGCAACUGCGACUGUUAUAGCCGGACAACUAGGCUCAGAAGGCUCGAAUGCCAGUCAGUUGUAUAAUCCUCAAGGCGUUUAUGUUGAUUCGAAAAGCAAUGUGUACGUAUCCGAUUGUGUCAAUGAUAGAAUACAAAAAUAUAUAAAUGGAUCAACUGUUGGAAUAACGAUAGCUGGAGUAUGUGGAUCAAGAGGCUCAGCAUUAAAUCAGUUAAGUUGUAGUCGAAAUUUAGUGAUUGACUCAACAGACACAUAUGUGUAUAUUGUGGACGGUAAUAAUAAUAGAGUUAUGCGCUAUCAAACGAAUUCAACAGGAGGUACUAAUGGAGUAGUUGCUGCUGGAAGUUCCACAGCUGGGAAUGGAAUUACUCAAUUGAGAGCCCCUUGGGGAAUCCAGUAUCUGCCAACAAUAAGUAAUUAUUUGUACAUAACCAACUACGAUGGUCAUUCGGUUAUGCGAUGGAUACCGAGUGCUUCAUCAGGUGAAUUUAUUGCUGGUACGCCAGGUACAUCAGGAUGCACUGCUACAACUUUAUCGAGUCCCAGAGGUAUUAAACUUGAUAAUUAUUUGAAUAUGUUUGUUGCUGAUUAUGGCAACCAUAGAGUACAAAUGUUCUGUCAAAAUAAUCGGACUGCUAUAACAGUUGCCGGUACUGGCGUCUCAGGUACUAGUGCAACACAGCUUAAUAACCCAGAUAGUAUUGCAUUCGAUUCAUCAAUGAACUUGUAUGUUGUUGAUGCAGGCAAUAGCAGAGUGCAAAAAUUUCUCAAACUCUAA